AGUGUCACACGGUCAGCGCGAGAACUACUGGAGGACUUCUCAUUGUUCCAGGAGAAUCCAGGAUCACCUCUCCCUCCUCCAGGGUCCAGGAGCAAGUGAGUGGUGCUCUGGGGAAGAGCCCACUGCUGGAAGGACUGCGGGAGGAGAUGCCCUGGAGCCAGUGCUAAGGUAGCCGGUCACCUUUUACCCAGGAGCUCUCAGUGCUGUUGCCAGAGCUGGCAGUAGAGCCAUUUCAACAAAUCAUCUCUUUUAAUGCUCUGUGGCAGACAUCAAAUCCACACGUUGUACAAUGGUAGAUGGAGUGAUGAUUCUUCCUGUGCUAAUGAUGAUUGCUUUCCCUUCCCCUAGUAUGGAAGAUGAGAAGCCCAAGGUAAACCCCAAACUGUACAUGUGUGUGUGUGAAGGCCUCUCCUGUGGGAACGAGGACCACUGUGAAGGCCAGCAGUGCUUUUCCUCGCUGAGUAUAAACGAUGGCUUCCACGUCUACCAGAAAGGCUGCUUCCAGGUCUACGAGCAGGGGAAGAUGACCUGUAAGACGCCUCCGUCACCGGGCCAAGCUGUGGAGUGCUGCCAAGGGGACUGGUGUAACAGGAACAUCACGGCCCAGCUGCCCACUAAAGGGAAAUCCUUUCCUGGAACACAGAAUUUCCAUUUGGAGGUUGGCCUCAUUAUUCUGUCUGUAGUGUUCGCAGUAUGUCUUCUAGCCUGCCUACUGGGAGUCGCUCUCCGAAAAUUUAAAAGGCGCAACCAAGAACGCCUCAAUCCCAGAGAUGUGGAGUACGGCACCAUCGAAGGGCUCAUCACCACCAAUGUUGGAGACAGCACUUUAGCAGAUUUAUUGGAUCAUUCGUGUACAUCUGGAAGCGGAUCUGGUCUUCCUUUUCUGGUACAAAGAACGGUGGCUCGUCAGAUCACAUUGCUGGAGUGUGUUGGGAAGGGCAGGUAUGGUGAGGUGUGGAGGGGCAGUUGGCAAGGGGAGAAUGUGGCUGUGAAGAUCUUCUCCUCCCGGGAUGAGAAGUCAUGGUUCAGGGAAACAGAGCUGUACAACACUGUGAUGCUGAGGCAUGAAAACAUUUUGGGUUUCAUAGCCUCAGACAUGACAUCAAGACACUCCAGUACACAGUUGUGGUUAAUCACACACUAUCAUGAAAUGGGAUCGUUGUACGACUACCUUCAGCUUACUACUCUGGAUACAGUUAGCUGCCUGCGAAUAGUGCUGUCCAUAGCUAGUGGUCUUGCACAUUUGCACAUAGAGAUAUUUGGGACCCAAGGAAAACCAGCCAUUGCUCAUCGAGAUUUGAAAAGCAAAAACAUCCUGGUUAAGAAGAAUGGACAGUGUUGCAUAGCAGAUUUGGGCCUGGCGGUCAUGCAUUCCCAGAGCACCAAUCAGCUCGAUGUGGGGAACAACCCCCGUGUGGGCACCAAACGCUACAUGGCCCCCGAAGUUCUCGAUGAGACCAUCCAGGUGGAUUGCUUCGAUUCUUAUAAGAGAGUCGAUAUUUGGGCCUUUGGACUUGUCUUGUGGGAAGUGGCCAGGCGGAUGGUGAGCAAUGGUAUUGUGGAAGAUUACAAGCCACCAUUUUAUGACGUGGUUCCCAAUGACCCUAGUUUUGAAGAUAUGAGGAAGGUGGUCUGCGUGGAUCAACAGAGGCCCAACAUACCCAACAGAUGGUUCUCAGACCCGACAUUAACCUCUCUGGCUAAGCUGAUGAAAGAGUGCUGGUAUCAAAAUCCAUCUGCAAGACUCACAGCUCUGCGUAUCAAAAAGACUUUGACCAAAAUUGAUAAUUCCCUAGACAAAUUGAAAACUGACUGUUGACAUUUUCAUGGUGUCAAGAAGGAAGAUCUGAUGUUGUCAUCGUUGUCCAGCUGGGACCUAAUGCUGGCCUGACUGGUGGUCAGAAUAGAAUCCAGCUGUCUCCCUCCCCAAGUGGCUGCUUUGACAAGGCAGACAUCUUACCCAGCCAUGUGCUGGGGAGACACCAAAACCACCCUAACCUCGCUCAAUGACUGUGAACUGGGCAUUUCACAAACUGUUCACACUGCAGAGACUAAUGUUGGACAGACACUGUUGCAAAGGUAGGGAACUGGAGGAACACAGAGAAAUCCUAAAAGAGAUCUGGGCAUUAAGACAGUGGCUUUGCAUAUCUUCACAGGUCUCCUAGACACUCCCCAUGGGAAACUCAAGGAGGUGGUGAAUUUUUAAUCAGCAAUAUUGCCUGUGCUUCUCUUCUUUAUUGCACUAGGAAUUCUUUGCAUUCCUUACUUGCACUGUUACUCUUAAUUUUAAAAACCCAACUUGCCAAAACAUUGGCUGCAUACUCCACUGGUCUGUCUUUGGAUAAUAGGAAUUCAAUUUGGCAAAACAAAAUGUAAUGUCAGACUUUGCUGCAUUUUACACGUGCUGAUGUUUACAAUGACGCUGAACAUUAGGAAUUGUUUAUACACAACUUUGCAAAUUAUUUAUUACUUGUGCACAUAGCAGUUUUUACAGAACUGCUUUGUGCAUAUGUUAAAGCUUAUUUUUAUGUGGUUCUUAUGAUUUUAUUAUCAAAAUGUUUUUAACACUAUACUCUGAAAUGGACAUUUUCUUUUAUUAUCAGUUAAAUUCACAUUUUAAGUGCUUCACAUUUAUAGGUGUGUAGACUGUAAGUUUUUUUCAGUUCAUAUGCAGAACGUAUUUAGCCAUUACCCAUGUGACACCACCGAAUAUAUUACUGAUUUAGAAGCAAAGAUUUCAGUAGAAUUUUAGUCCUGAACGCUGUGGGGAAAAAUGCAUUUUCUUCGGAAUUAUCCAUUAUGUGCAUUUAAACUCUGCCAGAAAAAAAAAAUAACUAUUUUGUUUUAAUCUACUUUUUGUAUUUAGUAGUUAUUUGUAUAAAUUAAAUAAAAUGUUUUCAAGUCAAA